UCAAAUUUCGUCAGCUCAGCUUUGUUAAUUGGUCGAAGAGUGGAUCGCACCAAGUACAAACUCUAUCAGUCGGCUACUCAACCUCUCUCAUCUUCUCUUUUUGAGUUUCGCCACCAACCCUUCCCUCAUCACCAUUGUUGUUUCCUUGUUCAUCUGCAACUUAAAAAAACCUCACUCUUUUUUCAUCUUUAAUUUCAUCUGAACCCCAAAAUCAUAUCCUUGGGAUUGGUACAAAUGGUGAUGUCAAAGCGUUGCCAUAGGUUUUUCAAGUUCAGGGCUUUAAUUUCUUGCCGAAUUCAAAUUCCCAGUUGCCAAAAUAUUUUCAAGUUUUAGAAUCUUUGUUAUUUCGAUCUCCAGAAAACCAGGGUUUCAUAUCAUUUCCUCAAUCAAAAGCCUUCUCUUUAAUUUACUUUGGCUGACUCGAAAUAUUCCCUCUUUUUCCCCCUAUAUCUACCCUACAACUUUUUUUUUUGGCUUUGGGUUAUUUUGUUUUUUUUCUCUUAUAGAUAUUCUUGAAUCUUGUUCUUAUCUCUGGAAAAUACUAAAUGGUUUCCAAGGACUACUACUUGUUCUUACGUGCAGUUGUGGAAAUGGCUUGGAUUAUGCUGAGUGUGGAUUACUCGAGGCUGUUUUGGUUAUUGUUUGGUGUUUUUUCCUACGAAAAUCAUGAAGGAAAGCCUCGGAUCAUCUAGCACAUCUUCAAAAUUCCCUUUCUUUUAUCUGCUGCGUUGUUCUUAGUUCUAUAUUCUAGUAGGCUACUUAAGUGUUCUAUUUGUGUUCUCAAUAUAUAUAUAUAUAUAUAUAUAUAUAGAUAUAUACUACAAUAAGCACGCCUGAUUUCUCAGACCAUGUACAAGACACGUCUAGGUGGAUGUGUUGAUGGAGUUAAAUCUCAGCUUGGAUACGUUGAAACCGAUCCAUCCGGUCGGUACGGACGAUUCAGAGAGAUUCUUGGUAAAGGAGCUAUGAAGACGGUGUAUAGGGCAUUUGAUGAGGCCCUAGGAAUGGAGGUGGCAUGGAAUCAAGUGAAGCUUAACGAUGUCUUCCGUUCACCGGAUGAAUUGCAGAGGCUUUAUUCCGAGGUCCACCUCCUCAAGAAUCUCAACCAUGAUUCAAUCAUCAGAUUUUACGCUACUUGGGUCGAUGUCGAUCGUAGAACUUUUAACUUCAUCACCGAGAUGUUCACCUCUGGCACACUACGAGAGUAUAGACAGAGGUACCAACGUGUCGACAUGCGAGCAGUUAAGAGCUGGGCUCGCCAAAUUCUGCAGGGUCUAGCUUAUCUACAUGGCCAUGACCCUCCAGUGAUCCAUAGAGAUCUUAAGUGUGAUAACAUCUUUGUCAAUGGCCACCUUGGACAAGUCAAGAUUGGCGAUCUCGGACUGGCUGCCAUUCUUCGUGGCUCACAACAUGCCCAUAGUGUCAUAGGGACACCAGAAUUUAUGGCACCAGAGCUAUAUGAAGAAGAUUACAAUGAACUAGUUGAUAUAUACUCCUUUGGCAUGUGUGUAUUCGAGAUGCUUACUUCUAAAUAUCCAUAUAGCGAGUGCUCCAAUCCGGCUCAAAUCUACAAGAAAGUGACUUCGGGAAAGUUGCCAGAGGCAUUCUAUAGGAUCCAAGAUGAGGAAGCCCGAAGGUUUAUCGGAAAGUGCCUGGAGAAUGUUUCCAAGAGGUUGCCUGCUCGUGAACUCUUGCUUGAUCCAUUUUUGGCCUCUGAUGAAGAGAAUCUGCAGUCCAUCCUGAGAGUCUCGAGCCAAAAACUAACUCAUAAAGGCCCAGUCGCAGAGCUAGCUCCUUCUUUAAAGGUUGAUCCAACAAGGAGUACUGAUAUGUCGAUAACUGGCACAAGGGAUCCCGAAGAUGACACAAUUUUUCUCAAAGUACAGAUUACAGACAAGGAAGGUCAUGCUCGGAAUAUUUAUUUUCCCUUCGACAUAGUAAACGACACGGCAAUUGAUGUUGCUUUGGAGAUGGUGAAAGAAUUAGAUAUUGAUGACUGGGAGCCAUUGGAGAUUGCUGAUAUGAUAGAAGAGGAAAUAUCUUCACUUGUCCCGACUGGGAAGGACUGGGGCACCUCUCAAGUUCACCAUCAGCACAGCUUUAAGUACGAUGAUGAUGAUGAAGAUGAUGACCAAAGUGGAAUCUACCAUCCUUUCUAUGCUACCUCCUCCCAUUCUUCCUACGACGCACAAUUUUCUCAUGGGAAAAAUUCCAUUUCUAAGUGCAAUUGGUCCCAAGAUGUAUUCAGCAAUGAUGAUGCAAGUUUCAGCUGCUCUAUGAACUCGUUCCAGUACUCUAGCAUGAAUUACGAGGACGACUUUGAUUCGAGUCUCCAUCAAGGGGAGCACCCCUGCAUUCCAAACACCCUCAAAUCUACACGAUUUUGUCCGUCAAAUAGCACGAGUGCUUACUGCUACAAACAGCGCGACCCACAACUUGAUUCAUGGAGGUCUUUCCAUUUCAAUGGCCAGCGGAAGCUAACAAAGAUCCGUUCACUCGUGGACAUACGCAGCAAAUUGCUGCACCAAUCAGUAAUGGCAGAGAUAGACAAGAGACGCCUAUUUAAGACCAUUGGAGCAGUGGAGAACAUUGGAUAUCAGGAUCCGGGAGAGGUGUCACGCAAGGCAUAUCUCGAAGACAGCAUAAAUGGAAGGAUUUUUCAAUCAUGACCAAGAUUUCGAGGGAGAUUUAGGCGGUGAAGAUCCCAUCCCAUUAAUCUAUCUGUUAAUAUGGUAGUUUCUUUCAGAGUGAGGAUGUACAAAUUCCGAAUCCUCCAUCUGGUUUGGUGUAGUAAAUAAUGCUAGGUUGUAGACAUGUUCAAGACUAUGAACCAAGUAUUCCCUAAAACAUCACUAUAUUUAUGGAUUGAGAAAACUUUAUGGUUGUAGGACUAAUGUAUGUAUGCAUUCUUUUGCAUGCAUGCAUCACUAUAUUUAUGGAUUGGGAAGAUUGUGUGGA